GCUCCCACUUCAUUAGAGCCGUCCCUGGGGCUGCGAGCGAGGGCGCCGGGGGGGGGGGUUCUACGUCUUGUGGCCGUGACAGCGCCAUUGGGCAAACGGCGGCGGCGAAUCGUUCCCAGAGGAGACAAGAUGGCCAGUUUGCUUCACGCCUGGUUGCUGCUCACCUUGACUGUCGUCUCCUUCCAGGAAGAGAUGAACGAAACUGUCAUUUGCACCACCGACCACAUGGAAGUGGUCAUCCCCAGCGCCUUCUUCCUGCACAAAGUCCCCCCCGUCUACGUCUGGGACUUGCAUCUAAACGAUCCCGACUGUCGGGGCGUGGAAGUGGGCGACGACUACGUCUUCAGCAUUAAGAGCAAUCUGUCCCGCUGCGGGAGCGUCAUGACGUCGGACGCCACCCACAUCCUGUUCAUCAACACCAUCCACAGCAACCACAGCGACGUCAUCACCAGGAAUUACAUCAACAUCACCUUCGUGUGCCGCUACCCCGUCAGCUACAUGGUGCAGCAGCCCAACGGGGAAAACAUGAUACGCGUGGACGUCAGGACCAUCAUGCUCAACACGGAGGACGGAAACUUCUCCGUGUCCAUGCUGCUGUACAAGGACGAGGCCUUUGCGGACCAGUGGACCGCCGUGCCCUCGCUCACCCUGGACGAUCACGUCUUCGUCAAAGUCUUCAUGAUUCCGACCCACCUGAUGUUGCGCAUGGAGCGAUGCUGGGCCACACCCACCCGGGAUCCCUACAGCCACAUUCAGUACACCUUCAUUCGGGACAGCUGCCCCGUGCUGACGGACCGGCGGACCCUCAGCGUGCUGAAGAACGGCCGAGGCGCCGAGGCCGCGUUCGGGAUCCAAAUGUUCAAGUUCGUGGGCAGCUCCUACACGAACGUCUUUCUGCACUGCAACGUCCGCAUCUGCCACGGCGCCCUCGGCCUCUGCCAGCCCCGUUCCAGAACUGCUCGGCCGAAGACGUCUCGACGAGGACGCGGCGUGACGUCCCGCUUUCCCACACGGUGUCGUACGGUCCGAUCAGACGACGACCCGACGACGGCGAGAGCCCCCCUUUCGGUGGACUCCCUCCGGUGGAGACUUUUAUCCUCGGGGGGCUCCUGGUGGUCCUGCUGCUGCUCACGGGGGUCUUGGGGAGACUGUGGAUUCGUUCCCGACGCUUCUACCCGGCGGCGCGGGAGGCUCAGCUCACUUUGUCCAACGUGCAGCACAUCUCCGAAGUUGCCUCGUGAGUCGGCCCGCUUUUAAUUCAAGGUAUUCAAUGAAAUGUCCUCUGUGAAGCGCUGAAAUACCUCAUUGGAGCACUUUGUGCCAUUUUUUUUAUGAAUCGAGUGUUAGAAAUGACAUCUAAUGUACCUCACAUAGAAUUAAAAAAAAAAAAAUUCCAAAUUGUUUUUGGUUUUGCGUAUGUGAAAUGUCGGAUUAAACAUUGAGGAAAAAGGUUUUAUUUUUA